AAUUCAAGAACACAGUGGUUCAAAGAUUGGGCAAAAAUAUCUGCCCACGGUUAGAAUACCAAGAAGCUGGAUCUCCGUGAGUUUGUGCUCUUGUGAAAAAUCUGCCACCGUCAUGGGCAAGGAAAUGAGUAUGAAGAAGAAGGUUGGAUGCAACGACGGUUGUACCGUGGAGGUGGACCGAUUUAUGAGAGAGAGGGAGAACCCCCGACAUUUAUGGGAGUUGGUGGACAAAAUUAUUUUGGCCAGAGGGUAGGGAUUUCGCCGGAAGGUGAAGAGAAGCUAGAGUUCAGCGCCGGAGGAUGUUCGCUAGGCAGGGGUUGCUUGUCUGUGUGGCGUAUUUAUCAGACCCGGAUCGACCCGUCGGAUCAACCCGUAAAAUAUGUGAACCGGGUCAGUGCAAAUCCUAUAAAAUCAGAAAUUUGGGCAUUUUGCCCUAAGCGGGAACCCUACACUUGCACUCGUUUCUCUCGCGUCUCCGUCACCUUGCCGGAGUCCCCAAAGCCCGGCAUCGUCUCCUUCUGUCAUUAUCUCAUGGUCUUCCUCUAGUUGCAGCAAACAUAGUGAGAGAUCUCACGAUCUUCCCUCUCCUCCUUCUCAUCUCCAUCUCUUAUUACCAUCCAUCACACCAGAGUCGAGAUCACCAUCUCUUGGCGAU